CCGCUGACAGGGGCAACAUUAGGCUGCACGACACCGGAACUCUGCAGCCACAGCGGCUCUGAUUAUUUCACCAUCGGGGUUCGGUCCAACAUGGCGGAUUACCGAUGGAAAUACUGAUGACAGUCCGAAAGAUCGCCUCGAUUUGUACGAUGGGCGCCAAUGCCUCUGCCUUGGAAAAGGAGAUUGGACCUGAACAGUUUCCAGUAAAUGAACAUUACUUCGGAUUGGUCAAUUUUGGAAACACCUGCUACUGUAAUUCAGUGCUGCAGGCUCUGUAUUUCUGUCGACCGUUCAGGGAGAAAGUGUUGGCAUAUAAGGUGCAGCCUCGGCGGAAGGAGUCCCUCCUCACCUGCUUGGCCGACCUGUUCAACAGCAUCGCCACACAGAAGAAGAAAGUCGGCGUCAUCCCGCCCAAAAAAUUCAUCUCGCGGCUAAGAAAGGAAAAUGAGCUGUUUGACAACUACAUGCAGCAGGAUGCCCACGAAUUCCUCAACUACCUCCUCAACACUAUCGCGGACCUUCUCCAGGAGGAGAAGAGCCAGGAGCGACAGCAGAACGGCAAGCUCGUACACAAUGGGAGUGGGGAAGGAAGUGAGGGGGUAGACGAAGGGGAAGGAGGGAAGGAGACACAGCAGACUUGGGUUCAUGAGAUCUUCCAAGGAACGCUGACCAAUGAGACGCGCUGCCUCAACUGUGAAGCUGUAAGCAGUAAGGACGAGGACUUCCUGGAUCUGUCAGUGGAUGUGGAGCAGAACACAUCAAUCACACACUGUCUCAGGGGUUUCAGCAACACAGAGACGUUAUGCAGUGAAUACAAGUAUUACUGUGAGCAGUGUCGCAGCAAACAGGAAGCCCAGAAAAGGAUGAGGGUAAAGAAGCUGCCCAUGAUCCUUGCCCUCCACCUGAAGCGCUUUAAAUACAUGGACCAGCUGCACCGCUACACCAAACUGUCCUAUCGCGUCGUCUUCCCCCUAGAGCUCCGCCUUUUCAACACGUCCGGAGACGCCACCAACCCCGACCGCAUGUACGACCUGGUUGCUGUCGUUGUUCACUGUGGCAGCGGUCCAAACCGCGGACACUACAUCACCAUCGUAAAGAGCCACGGCUUCUGGCUGCUGUUUGAUGAUGACAUUGUAGAGAAAAUUGAUGCACAGGCGAUUGAGGAGUUCUACGGUCUGACCUCAGACAUCUCUAAGAACUCUGAGUCGGGGUACAUCUUGUUCUACCAGUCAAGAGACUGAAACAGCCAUGGAUGCAUCCGCAACAGACUGUCCUCCCAGCAGAUGGGCGGAGUCACCGGCUGCGUCCACUACGUC